CUAGUAUUGUUGGCGCCGGUGAAAGUUUGAACUAUAGCACCACCCACCGGGCUGAUACUGCUGGUGGCGCUGCCGUCUUUGUGUCACCGACGGCUCCAUCCACUUAUUGUUGUUUGAGGCAGGGCAAGGGAUUGAUCAACCAUGGGCAAAGCUUCAAGGGAUAAGAGGGAUAUUUACUAUAGGAAAGCGAAAGAAGAAGGUUGGCGUGCUCGAAGUGCAUUUAAACUCCUUCAGAUUGAUGAGGAAUUCAACAUUUUUGAAGGUGUGAGACGUGUUGUAGAUUUAUGUGCUGCCCCAGGUAGCUGGAGUCAGGUUUUGAGUCGUAAGCUGUAUCUCCCAGCCAAGCUUGCACCUGAUGCAAAGGAUGAAAAUCUUCCUCUUAUUGUAGCUAUUGAUUUGCAGCCAAUGGCUCCAAUUGAAGGUGUUAUCCAGGUGCAGGGUGAUAUAACUAAUGCUCGAACUGCUGAAGUGGUUAUUAGACAUUUUGAUGGUUGCAAGGCUGACCUGGUUGUUUGUGAUGGUGCUCCUGAUGUUACUGGGCUUCAUGACAUGGAUGAAUUUGUUCAAUCCCAACUCAUACUUGCAGGGUUGACCAUUGUUACACAUGUACUUAAGGAAGGAGGGAAGUUUAUUGCAAAGAUAUUUAGAGGAAAGGAUACAAGUCUUCUGUACUGCCAGCUAAAAUUAUUUUUCCCUGUAGUGACUUUUGCAAAACCAAAAAGCAGCCGUAAUUCCAGCAUAGAGGCAUUUGCAGUUUGUGAAAACUAUUCCCCUCCUGAAGGAUUCAACCCGAAAGAUCUUCAUCGCCUUCUUGAGAAGGUUGGAAGUCCCUCUGGGGUAGAAGAUACAGAUUGCUGUAGUGGGUGGUUGGAAGGCCCUAAUAAGGUGUAUAUCCCAUUUCUAGCUUGUGGGGACCUGAGUGGGUAUGAUUCUGAUAGAUCAUAUCCACUACCUAAAGUUGAUGGGGGAACAUAUCAGAGCUUGGACCCUGUACAACCCCCUAUUGCCCCUCCUUACAAGAGGGCUCUCGAGUUAAAAAAAGCCUCCAAUCAAGGAUUCCGAGAGCUUGAAAACCUCUCAUUGGAUUCUUGAUCACUGUUUAUUCACCAUGCCAUUAAGAACUUUGCUACUUCCUUUUUUUCUAUUAGCAUGAUUUAAUUUGUGGAUUUACAAUUAUUAGCUUACGUGUGAACUUUAACUCUUUCUUUUCCCUUGUACCACACCAUUAUGGUCUGCCUGCCGAGGCUUUUGUUGUCACAAUCUUUUAAAUGAACAUGAAUUAUCUUAUAGAUAACUAUCCAAGCUUAUAACU